AAAAUAUCUUUAUCGCGCCCUCUCGAAAAAAAAACCUAGCGCAGCAGUCGGUCGCCAUGGACGCAUCCGUGAUCAAAGGUGUGGAAGGUCUGGAAUUGAACGGUAGUGAUGCAGCGAUUCGAAAGAGCAGCAGCAUUAGAAGGAUUGCGGUUGAGGGAUACGAUAGUUCCUCUCGUAAGGAUGUUGUUGAAGAGGGCCUGAGAAAACACUUCGCAUCACGUGGAAUAAAGCUAAUACAUGCUUUUGCUCACGAACUCGACUUCAAUCGUACUAUUCUCUGCAGAUGCGGAUUAAUCUACGUUAACGAAGAAGAUGAAGAAAAGGCGUUGACGUUUGAUGGAAGUGACAUGGGAGGACGUAUUUUACGAUUUACGGCUUACCCUUUUGACAGCAAUCGCCUUGACCAUUUCUUUGCUACUCCCGAAGCACAAGACAAAUACCGACAGCGCGUGUUGAAUGUCACAGGAUUUGAUACUUCCCUUGCUAGGGAUGUUCUCGAGGAGAUGGUACGUUCGGUUUUCCCUGGAUCCUAUUGUUCUGUUUUGGGGGAAGUGGUUUUCGUUUAGCUAGGUUGGCUAAGAUUAAGAGAACUAAAGCAGCUAGGUUGGCUAAGGCUGAGACAGCUAAAGCAGCUAGGUUGGCUAUGGCUGAGGAAGAUAAAGCAAUUCUAUCCGAGGGAAAUCAGAAGUCGAUCAUGACUACCGACUAGAAAUCUCUCUCUCUAAUGCCGUCUCGUGUUAUUUACUUGUCUUGCAAUGCCACCUCCUUCUCUUUUCUGGAUGUUGAAAAUGUUAUGUUUUGUCUGGAUUUUAAAUAUGUUUUUAUGCGCGUGUGUUGGUUUUUAUGAUAAAACUCUGUAAUAACACUGACAAACUUGGUUGUCCAAUCAAGUUUUUAGUAACUUAAAAA